AUGCCAGGCGCAUGGACGGUCGCCAUUGCGGUGUGCGGCAUCUACUCGGCGCAGAACGCGUCCUUCGCAACAGCUCAGAAAUCAGCGACACGUAGCAAAACCGAAACAGCAGUCACGGAGCCUAAGCGAGCAAAUUUCGAUCUAUUGAGCAAGUCCGAUUGGGAUCACAUACAGCCAAGCGAGAUCGCCAAACACAACGAGCCAGACGACUGCUGGCUGGUGAUCAACGACUUUGUCUAUGAUGCCAGCGAAUACAUGCAUGAUCAUCCUGGGGGACCCGAGAUCAUCAGAUACUUUGGCGGCACCGAGUGCAGUUGGCAGUUCUGGAAGUUCCACGCGCCUUUGCAUUUGCGAAAGCAGGAUAAACUGAUUAUUGGCUGGACGGACGGCCGCAAGGUGCACAACCCCCACAAGCCGCCUCGAGAUACUCUUGCCAAGCUGCUAUGA